AUGCCGCUGUGGAAAGCUUUUGGCCUGAUUACACUGCUAAACAGUUUUGUAUACUCAGGUAAGGUUUCACCUAGCAAAGUCAAAGAGGACUGUAAACCGGAUACGUUUCAGACCGAAUAGUGUUUGUAGCAAAGGAAAUAAUCCUUUACUCUUGCAACUGAUUCUUCAGCUGACAACCUUUAAACUCAAACUUUGUCACCAUACUCGGGAUUCAGAAGAAAGAGGAGCGCAUUCAGCAAAUGUACUCUUGGGUUGCAAACCCAGCGGGAAACUUGUGUCUUUGCAAAAGAGUUUUAAUUCAUACCCCGAGUCAUAUUCGAAUCAUACUCUUUUGAGCUAUUGACGCUCGUGCCACACAAUUGCUUUUCAAAAAAGAAACACAAAACAUGUCCAGGUUGUAUAUUAUUAUUUGUAAAGCAUGAUAUUUAUUUUGGCGGAGUUAUGUGGUUGCUCUGAUAAAACAUAAUUAAUUAGUGUGAUAACUCCAGACUAGAAGUAGCGGCUUUAUGUGUCAAAAUGUGCGAUGUUCUCUUUGACUACAUUUUGUUUUCUGAGAAAGCGAUAACUUUCAGAGAAAGCGGUAACUUUCUGUGAAAGCGGAACUGACGCAAUGUUUCCUUCCGGUUUGCUCAGUCCUUUUAGACGACAAACGACAUAGUCUUGCCCCAAGACAUUGCAAAUUGAAAACAGACUAACCCAUGGAACGAAUUUGAAAAAUAAUCAAUCUUAAAGAUCGAAAAAGUUAUGACUCUGGUAAUAUUCCCUAAAAAAAAAAAAAAAAAAAAAAAAAAAAAAAACGAAAGCUAUGCUGAUUAUGCCAGCAGUGUUACUUUUAAACGGUUAAGAAUAUAUGAAAGUCAUAUAUUUGAACUGCGGAUAAAGACGUGAAUGAAAGUGAUCCUCGCAGUCACUUUCAUUCACGUCUUUAUCCGCAGUUCAAAUAUAUGACUUUCAUAUAUUCUUAACCGUUUAUUUCAUCACUUCACGGGUUUAUUUAGAACCAACAUCAUAACAAGCUCCCAUUUGGCUUGUUAGCUCAGUUGGUAGAGCGCUGCACCGGUAUCGCAGAGGUCAUGGGUUCAAAUCCCGUACAGGCCUGAAUUUUUUUCUGGCCUUAUUUUCACUACUUCCUAAGUAACUGCGAGGAUCACUUUCAUUCAAGUGUUACUUUUAUAAAAAUAGCAAAAAUGAUGCUCAUGUUCCAAUUUAUACCAAAAUUAUGCAAGCCCAAUCUUUAGGGCCCAUUCCCGACCCAUUUCACGUCUUCUGCGAAAUCACUAUUUUUCACGCUAGCAUCUCCCGAACCAUAAUGAAACUCCCUCUGCGACUUCAUCGACCCCAGUUUUUUUCCAAUCUAUUCUUUGUCUUAUAGAUAAUCACGUUCUUUCGCACUAUUGUAGUUCAAGCCUAUCGUGGUACUCCCUUCAGCGACGAAAUAUCUAUUUUAAAUCAUAAACUUUCUCUCCCAUCUGUUCUGUUCUGAACUCUCCUGUCUGAACUUGAAGUCAAAUCACUUUUUUUUUGUUGCGCCAUCUAUUUUGCUUUCGCGUUGUGGUGUAUUUUAUUGCUAGAGUUCCGCCGACCUAACUUUUUAAAAGCGAGUCGUCAGAGCCAAAACUAAAAUAGGAGAAAAUUUUUAUUUGGUUUAUCAGCUACCAUAUUAAGGCUCCUUUGGCGAAUUAAAAUGAAUGAGCAAGCACUAAAAAAGAUGUGCUCGAAUUUGGUCGGAGCUAGUCAGUGAGUUUAAAAAGGUAAAGAGGCCUCGGUGGCGUUCUCUUGAGCUUCUUUCCGUGACGUGUUAGGGGUGCUACUAAACAGAGUAACGCAGUAACGAGUAACGGCACCAUUUGGACGCUUUAGGAGCAAUCUUGCUAGGGUAGGCCGGAAAACACAUGGGAUUGUUAGUUAUAACUUGUGAUCUUCAACCUGAACACCCGAAUUUCUUAUUUAAGACUUACUUUUAAAGUUUAUAUUGAGCAUCGUUGAACAAACAAAAUCCAAGGUUAGGGGCGAACCUAAUACUAUUGUGGAUCGCUUCGAUUGUCUACGAUCUGACGUAAAACGAACCGUGGAAGCAGUUGAAGGUCAAUGGCCGAUUAAAUUGAUGAAAUAAUCUUGUUUACAAUAGCGGCUGGAUACAUUGGUUAUUGAAACAAUGCUAAUUCAGCGGACGAGAAUAAUCGUGUGCUUUUCAAAAUUCGUAGAAAUUGACUUUCGCGUAUCGUUAUUUCACUCAGAAAAAAAGUAAAACAUUUGAUACAUUCAGAGGUAUAUCGUUUCGAGGCAGAAGACAAAAAGGAUUCGUUUUCAAUUGCAAGCAAGAGAAACUUUGCACGAAGGAGGGUAGGGAAAUACCUGUACAAAGGACUAAGAUCGUCGCGUUACUUCGCAUAAACAGUGUAUUUGCAGGUGAAAUGAUAUCAAGUUUCAAAGAGAAGACUGUGCACUAGGCCUUGGAUACGCCGAGGGCGGUACUCAAGACAGAGGGCGGAGUUUGUCCCAAUACAGACCGACCUACACUCCCAGGGACACCUCUUUGAGGUUUUUUCACCCUUCCCCCUUCCUCAUCCAGUGUUGUUGAUGACCAAUGUUUCUAUGCUAAUCCCGUUACCCCCCAGUGGAGGCAGUACGACGAGUCCCACUAAAUGUGUCUUAGAUUGUAGACGUGUGAAUGAAAUCAUUAUAUUUUUUCUAAAACGCAGCGUUUACCGAAAGAAACCGAAUGAUUUUGUGUUGUAAUUACGGCGAGAUCUCCAUAAACUGAAGAAUUUUUGCAAAUGGUAAAGAAAACAGAGGAUAUGAAUUCAUCGAAACAUUUUUAGGACCUGUUUACAUGAAGGUGAGGGCCCCCUAGUAGGUGGGGUAACCCGGCUUAACGUAGUCGAAAAAUAGCCCGCGUUUACAUACAAUAUUACAAUCUACGGGUUACACUCCCUUGACGGCUUACCUCACCUGCCUGAGGUCCCUCAAGUACAUAUAAACAGGCUCUUAUUUGUGUAUUGUUAAAGAUGUUACAGCUUCCAAGCAAACUCUGAGACAUUUUUAUGAGUAUCUGUCACGAUCUGACACCUGUCAAUAUGAGAGUGCAUAAGAAGAAAAAAUAGCGCACGUUCACUCUUGAAUUCACAACAGCACUGAUUUGGCAAACAAACUGGAGUUAAUGGACUAUCGUGACGAUUUGUUCUUCAAAUUAGAGUCAGCGAUCGUACAGAAAGUAUCAUUCACUUCCAUCGACGAUUAAUCUACGAGGAUUUACCCUUGUUUAAUUUUAGGUGGCAAGGAAAGUCACUUUAAGUAAAUAUAAAUGUAGUUUGAUGCUACUCUGGUUUGCAGAUUUAAUGAAUGUAACCGAAGAAGUUUGGGCCUAUGAAUUGUAAUUUCUUCGGUUACAUUCAUUAAAUCUGCAAACCAGAGUAGCAUCAAACUAUGUCUGAUUGUCCACCUGGUUGCCGUGUGAACUUUAAUAUAUUUUAAAUAUAAAUGUAUUUCUUGAAGUUAUGGGAGUCUGUUCGUUUGUUCGCUUCCAUGGCAUAUGUCAAUCCUGUGUUUCUUCCACCAGUAAUCUAAUCACUACACCAGUGUAGUGAAACUGACUGUUUGCUUUGGUUGCAGCUAUUGUUACAGCCCCUGCUAUAGAUGUCUACAUUAGAAGCGAAGGGUGUAGUGAUAGAGGAAAGACUCCGAACACAUGUGGUAUUGCUUAUAUCAAGGUGAACGGCAAGGAUUACUCUCGUCACAACAGAGGACAUAACGUUGUUGUCGUGGACGGUGCAACAGGUGUGUGAACCACUGUUAUGAUCUUAUUUCUCACAUUCACUCAUGAUAAAGGAAAGCUCGAUACGGGUAACACGGAGAGAGCUACUUGAAUUAGGCGAAAUAAGCAAUCAACAACAAUCAACAUCUGAUUUUUGUCACUCUCAGCCUCGAAUGUUGUAUUGCAUUGCGCAUGGUUAGUUCUGAUUGGUUCAUUGGAUCAGGUAUUAAUUCUCGUUUCGUCGUCUUGAACGAUUCUUUAACAGUUAAAUCAAAUUUUUUCCAGGACGUAAUUGUGCACAUUCUUGAUUCCAUGACAAAAGAAUAUUAUUUUCCCAUUCUAAGUUUACCAUGUAUAAUUUCGGGUUCAUAAACCAGGCAUAUGUUUUUUGUAUAUAUAUAUAUAUAUUUCAUUUUUUUCCAGGCGUCAUUCUUGAUUCUCAAGUUUUCGACACCCAUGGGGAUCGCUCUGCUGGUAGUAACCUGGGGAAGUACCUCAACAACACCAAGGGAAAGUAUGUAAUUUUGUUUCAGGUUUAUAGUGUAGUUCUAUGAUUUUACUCUGAGGAAAUCACACCUUCAAAAUGAUGGCCCACUCUUUUUAUCUCGACUAUCAUAUUUAGUAUUAAAAAUAAUUUUUUCCUGAACAGACGACUCACCAGUGUAAUGAUCACGUCCGGCUAUAUAAUUUAGGACUACUUGCGAUCGUAGGACGAGUUGGCGAAGCGGUUAACCAGUGUUUUCUAUACUCUCGUUGAUUCAUGUAACGUUCCAGUUCAAAUAGUUUCAAGUCAAUUAUACGUGUAAAAUACAUCAUUGGUCUAGCCUCUAUUGACUUCACAACAAUUGAACAGGAAAAUUACAUAAAUCAAAGAAAGUAAAGAAAUUACUGAGUAACUGAAUUACAUAUUACGAUUGAAAUUACAAGUGUUGACAUGUAAACUUUUCAUCAAAACAAUUAUCACGAGUUUGGCUCCUGUUGGAUAUCGGAAACCAAGGACUAACCUUUUUUCUGUGGAUUUAGCAUUUUGUUAUUUUAUUUGCUUUAGCAAAAUUGUUUUGGUCGCCGUUCAAGACGAUGGCUCGGCAUAUGCUUCAUCGGCGGUUAGCGCUCUCAAGAGACUGGGAGCUAAGGGUCCUGUUCAGGGAAGCUUUCGGUCUUCUUUUGCUUUUGCUGGUUACGCGGGCACAGGCCGACCAGCCUGGAUUAUACAACGGCGGAAACAGAAAUAUCUUGGGCCCAGUGAAAUAACUUCGAAAAUUCCCCUAUCAUCAAGUAUGUCAAGUCAGGAAAGUCUAAUGUACUUAAUGUCUAUGCUUUUGCCAAACAAGUAAGUCAGUUUGAGAUCGCUUAGUACCUCUUUGCUUUCACAAGCCACCGAUGUACAUAAAUCAGUGAGUGAACAGGAUUUUGGGGUUUCUACCUUGAUCAACCAGUUUUCGGGAAAUGGUGUGUGUGGUGUGUGCUUGUCAGUAAAAAUCAGCUCUCUUACUCACACUAGCCGAGCAUUGAUUGAGAGAGGAGCGAGAAUGAACAAAACCAUGCAUAAGCCGUUGCAGAAACUUGUGACAGCCUUUCUGUGCCACUAAGUUUAAUGAGGAUGACUCUAAUUAUAGGCAAAAUAACUGUCUAACUUACAGGAAACUAUAAAUGUCAAAACCAAACUCUACACGGAGACAAAGGCGUCAUUCACUCACCCAACUAUCCAAAAAAGUACCCAGAUGGGCAAUACUGCAUGUGGAGGAUCGUAGUGAACGUAUCUUUCCAAGUGGCUUUAAUGUUUACACGCUUCAGUCUACAAUCUGAAAACAACACGGACGCUGUUUAUGUGUACGAUGUUAAUAAUCAAACAAGGGAGGUGUUAGGAGUGUUCUAUGGGGCUCAGCCUCCUCCCAGGAAUGGAAUUUAUUCCUCAUCAAACAGCCUUCUUGUAAUAUUCAGAUCAGAUAAGGAUGGUUCCUUCCCUGGGUUCCAAGCCUCUUACAGCGCUGUUAAGUGUUCUGGUAAGAGACUGUUGAUUGACAGCAUUACAAAUAAGUAUGGACAAUUUCAAAGUUUGAGAUAUAUCUUUGCAAAAACUUGGAAAUAAUCUGCUUCAAUGCACUCGGGAAUUUUACGAAAAUCAGAACAAGCCAUAACCACUAGCACUAUUGAGUUAAUCGAAUGAAAACGUGUAAUGUUACGCGUGAAGGGUGAUUCAAAGCUGCGUUGAAUUCCUAAAAAUUGACGUGGCUCCUGAGCUUAAACUUUGUACCAUGAAAAAUAUUUUAUAUUCAAUUUCGUUUGCGAGGCAUGAAAAUUUCAAAAGAAAGCUUAUUCAUGAGUUAUUAAUUAGAAUUUGGCGCUCAAAUCAGGUGUACAUACCGGCUGUUUGACCUCUUGUGUCUGAUAAAUUUGCAGGAGCCCUUGGAAUGGAGAGUGGCGCUAUUUCUGGUGCCCAGAUAAGUGCGUCCUCGCAAAUGAACAACAACAGCGCACCAAGACAAGCGAGACUGAACUCCAUUGAACAAGGAAUCAAGAAAGGGGGGUGGUCGUCCCUUAAAAAUGAUCAUAACCAAUGGCUUCAGGUGGAUCUUGGCAGUCACAUCACUGUGACAGGUGUGGCGACUCAGGGAAGGAACUCAACAAAAUGGCGGCAGUGGAUAACAACUUUCACGUUACAGUUCAGUUUUGACGGAGUGAUCUUCCAGUCAUACAAAGAACCUGGAAAAAUGUCAGCAAAGGUAAAAUUUCUUUGGAUGACAAAUUUUAUCACAUAUUUUUAAAAAUUAAUUUCGAAUGAAAUCUUCUCUGAAUCGGGACUUCCCAGCGCUUUUCGAGAAGUUUCGAGAAUGUUUUCUGCCUUUUUACCACUCAAUCAACAACAAUUGAGACAUAAACAAGUGUUUUUAAGAUUUUUAAAGUCUGUACAUGAGCAUCUUCUGAAUGAAGGUAGGGUUUUUGUCAAAGCUCAGUUAGUUUUGUUUUUAACUAUCAGGUACUUCACGCCAAUCAAGACAGUGAUACAGUUGUGUAUAACAAGUUGAUCUCACCAAUCAAAGCUCGUUACAUCAGGCUUUUGCCAGUCACGUGGCACAACCAUAUAUCACUCAGAAUGGAGCUUUAUGGGUGUCGAGGUAUUUCAUAAAAUUAUGGUCUUUAGUUAGAAAAAGUUAGUGUUUGAAAGAAAGCACAUCUCAGAGACACCAAGCAUAGGUAUAUAACACUUCUAAUGCUAGAGGACGAAAUGUACUUUUCAAUCAAAACAUAAUAAGAUUAAAACCGAGGAAAGAUAUAAAGAAAACUGUACCAAGAGAAAAUUGUUCACAAAACUGAUUGAGGAAAUCUCCUUAAGGCCUAAAUGUUUGAAUUCAUGCCAAACCUCCUUUUAAAGUUCUAAAUCAUUUUCCUUUCAAAGAGAGAAGAGAGCCAUAGUAUCUUAUUCCACUCUUACACAAAAUCUAUAAUUUUUCAAAAGCACAUGCAGGUGAAGUAGGAUCUUAGAGUGCCUACUUUUCAUCAUUUUCAGCGCCUAGUUUAUGAUCUUUGAUGAUACAAAAGUUACCUCUAUCUCCUUUGCCGUAGAUCUGUAAAAGUAAUCGAUCACAGAUGACGUCGAAUGUAGUUGGAGCAAAAAAGUGGCUAACGAGGACCAUAUUUUGACGUCUUAUGCGAUCUUCUUUCUUCUUCUGUGUCAUGUCUGAUUAAUCCCAUUUAGGUUGUUCGUCACCACUUGGCAUGGAAAGCCAGGUUAUAUCCGAUGCUCAAAUCACCGCCUCCAGCCAUUCGAGUAGUGACUAUUCUGCAAAAUUUGCACGUUUAAACUUCGGCGGCUGGGUUACUUAUGCAAACGAUCAAAGACAAUGGCUUCAGGUGGACCUUGGAACUUACUCAACUGUGACAAGUGUUGCAACUCAAGGAGGGAAAUUGUGGUAUUGGUCUUAUUUUGGGACGGCUAGCUACAAUUUACAAUACAGCGACGAUGGAAUAGUGUUCCAUUUUUACAGGGAACCUGGAGAAACUGUACCAAAGGUAUACACAGAAAGUAACUUAAAUGCUCAUGGAAUACUUUUGCUCAUGUGACAAAUUCGUGAAAAUACUUACUCAUUAUAUUACCACCUUUGGCGUCGGGCCAUGAAGAAAAAUUUUAAUUUUUAAAGUCACUUACGCGGUUACCAUUUAAUUUUCUGUUCUUCCUAUACUACUUCUUGGUGUAAAUGGUCUUAAGAUGUGCAAAAUUCGAUUAUGUCUCUAUAGUUAUACUGUGUUUGAUUUAACAGGUGUUUAACGGAAAUAGAGACUCCCAGUCAGUUGUGUCUCACAAGCUGAGGCAAGCAAUCACAGCUCGUUACAUUCGAUUCAAACCUUUAGCCCGGCACGGUAACAGACUUGGAAUGCGAACUGAAAUAUAUGGUUGUCUAGGUAUUGUCCAAAUAUUGUUUUAUACAGGAUAUGUUGUGGGAAAUAGAUGUUUGUUAUGAAGAGGGGGAGUUCUUCACGCAUUCGAGGCUUAACGAGGAGAGACCCUGUUACAACAUUGGUAUUUCAUAAUUGUACAUAUAUCACAAAUCAUUAAUUUUAGACUGAAUCCAUACUGUCGCAUUUGCUAUUAAACAUACACUUUUGCAGCUACAAAUGUCAUUUCUAGUGUAAUGACUGAGGACUUGACUUCUAAAUUAUUUCUGUUAAAAAUAUGAAUUAGAAUGGCUUUUCUCUCGCGAAAGGAAGGUUCCUUCAAAUUUAGUAUCCUUUAGCUGUUAAAGUUUAUCCUUCGUAAUUUGUUGGAAAAACUGCAGGUAUUUUUAACGAUGAUCGCGUUUUAACGAUGCAGUCAUAAAAAGUCUUCAACUGAGUCAGGACGCGGCAUUCUUGUAAAGUACCAAAACGAAAAUGACUAUAGCUAGGAUAUCGUUAUUUCAACCUUUGUAUUUGGGGGAGCUGGAUUGCAGUUACAUCAUUAGAAGCUUCCUGUCUAACAAUAGAUUAAUACCAAAAUUUACUCAUUACAGAAUGCGCUAUCCCUCUUGGCAUGGACAGUAGGUCAAUAUCUGAUGCGCAAAUCACCGCUUCCUCGCAACUGGAUGGAAACCACUCCGCAGUACAAGGCAGGUUGCAUUUUCAGGCCGAAGGAAACAAAGCUGGAGGGUGGUCGGCUCUUGUAAAUGAUGCCAACCAAUGGCUUCAGGUGGAUUUUGGUAGUUACACUCGCGUGACACAAGUGGCGACUCAGGGGAUGAACGGAGUUGAUGAAUGGGUAACCAGAUACAAGUUGCAGUAUAGUGAUAAUGGAGUGACGUACAAGUUCUACCAAAAAAUUGGGGACACAUCGGUCACGGUAUGGCUUAUCCUUAGUUAAGGAAUUUUAUCAAAUGAGCUAACUUCUAAUAUACAUAAUUGUUUUCAUAAAUGAAAAUAUACAUCUGCAAAUACCGUAAUUCAAUGUUUGCACUCAGUAUGAACAGGACAUAACCACGGGUAAGAGACCACGGAAGCACUCUGUUAAUGUGCUACUGAAAAAUGAUUUAUUUCUUUCUUUAGUUAUUUAUUAUCACCUGUUAUUUCAAGUGCAAUUCUGAAAGUAAAGCCGGCCAAAAAAAAAGACAACAACAACAAACUAGCAAACAAUAGAGUAACUUAUGGUAUUUAGGUAUCAAAUUAGAUCUUAAUUUGACUGUAACAUUUAUGACGAUUUCCAGGUGUUGAAGGGAAACCAAGAUCGUAACGAGGUUGUGUAUAAUACCCUUCGUCCGCCACUCAAAGCGCGCUAUGUCCGUAUAAUCCCAACACAGUGGAACAAACAUAUCUCCAUGAGGAUAGAGCUCUUUGGAUGUCUAGGUAAUCGAAAACCAUUCGUGGCUUUUAAAAUAUUUUCUUGUUAGGUUAUCUCAGUGUAUUUUUUUUCAGCCAUACUGCCUCCUGCAGUAUGGCUAAAAUAUUCUCCCAAUUUUACUGAUUGUAUAACUUGUUGCGUGCGUUUGUAGCUGUCAACCUUUUCUCAAUUUCUUAUUUACCGUGUAUUUUUGAUUCUGACAAUCUGGUGGUAAGAUCUGACAUUAUUUGGCCUCUUCUUAUCAUUUUUUCACUUGAAAUUGAUGCAAAGCAAAAUUACUUGAUAAUGAAAAGGUCACUAUUAGGGUUGACUCAAAUCUGUCGCGGCUGUUUGUUGUUAACCGCUACACAGACUAAAUGUCGACCAAAGGUCAUCCAGUUAUGGAACUAUUUUAUAACAUACUACCUCUGAAGCUUAGUGGAAAAGUUGUCGAUUACACCUGAAAAAACAACAUCAACGUUUUUUGAUUACGCAAACAAGCUGAUUUAAACAAAUUUAACCAUGACACGAUUAAACGUUUUCCGGAUCCGAAAAGAGGUCUUCUUUAAGCCAUCGACAAAACAAUUCAUAGGGCGCUUCUAAAAAUGACAAUUGCUAAAUUAAUUUCACUUGAAAAUGAAGGAAUAAAUUAAGUUCCUUAAAUUUCUCAAACUAAUUGCAACUUUGGUUCAUUUACAAAGACGUUUAUCCACAUACACAUGAAUAAAUUUUAAAAAAUUGCUAGUUUAGGAGAAUGGAAGGGAAAGAAAGGAAAGAUGUCCUCAGCAUUUUGUCGAGAAGUAAGACUCGACAAAAAACACCAACUUACAAAUUAUGUACUCAGGUUGGAAACUUCACCAAGUAAACUAACUUAGGAUAAUUGAUUGUCUGUUAUUUUCUCCUUAAGCUUGCAUUACACCCGCUGGUAUGGAGAGUGGAAUGAUCGCCGAUGGCCAAAUCAGUGCAUCAUCACAACUGGAUGAUAACCAUGCGCCGCAGCGCGCUAGACUGAAUACCAAGAUAAGAGGAAUAAAGCAGGGCGGUUGGCUUCCUCUUACAAAUGACCGUAAUCAAUGGCUUCAGGUGGAUCUUGGUAGUUAUACUCGAGUAACACGAGUGGCGACUCAAGGGAGGGAUGGCUAUGAUCAGUGGGUGAUUUCCUUUGAGUUAGAGUACAGUAUUAACGAAAUCACUUUCAAGUCUUACAAGGAAAUUGGUGCUAGCAACCCUAAGGUAUGCAGCUGCAACUAAUUUAAUGCAGGGCUUUGAGAAUUAUUGGCAUAGUUAAUAAACUUCAGACAGAUUUCAAAGUUUAUUAAUUAUUUGCACAUGCAAUCUGCCUAAAAGCAGUCUUUUGUUAAUUUUCACGCUGUAAUUGUAACGGAUUUGAAUCAUGCCUGACAAAGCAGCUUUCUAACCCAAUGAAAGCAAAGGCCAUGAUACACUAUGGACGUCAAGGGCAGUUUUUCAGUUAAGGACCUCUCUUGUAAUUGCGUAGCUGUACCACUAGAGUGUGUUAUUCAAAUGCAUGACAAAAGGCAGACAGAACUCUUUCAUUUCAUUGCAUAUCAUUCGCAAGCUUAAAGCAUCAUUUUCCCCUAACGCUAACGCUAUCUGUUUUUCUCGCUUAGAUAUUUCCCGGAAACAGUGAUAGUGAAAAUGCUGUUUACAACAUUCUUAAACCUCCAAUCACAGCACGAUACAUAAGGAUCUUACCCAUAACGUGGCAUAAAAACAUAGCGAUGAGAAUAGAGAUCUACGGUUGUACAGGUAACGUUACACAAAUAAUUUCAACAAAACACGGAGUAGGGGUGCCCUUUAAUAUACCUUUUAAGAUAGUACCGGCAAUACAAAAUUAAUUUUAAUGUAAAAUAGCGCAAAUGACACAAGUGUAACUUAUUUCGCUCGAGAAAGUAGACUUACAGUCUGGUAUAAAGAGGAUUUGCGUCGGGAAAUAAAUUACAGUAGACACACUCAGUGCAAUAACGUUCACUUUAUUUACUUCUUUGAAGUGCAUGCCAUUUAACCAUCUUUUCUGCUCUAUUCAGCAACACAACACUACCAACAAUUUUGAUCUUGUAGAAGGUGCAGCAUGCGGGACACGUGUCAAAUAUGACUAAUAAUAGCCAAUCUCACCACAGUGCUCUCUAGCUUGAUAAUACAGCCUUAGGGCGAAAUUUUUCGAGCUUCUGGAACUCGAUUCUUCUAGGAGAACCCAGAAUUUUUCCCUUUUUCUUACUCCUGACGAGACGAAUGAAGUCUUACUCAAUUAAUUUACGAUCACUUAUUUCAGUGUGCCGCACACCUCUUGGAAUGGAAAGUGGAGCAAUCAAGGAUGCACAAAUAACUGCCUCAACACAGUCGGAUGACAAUCAUGCCCCGUCUAGGGCCAGGCUGAAUUCGAAGUUGCCUGGAGUAGAGACAGGAGCCUGGUCAUCUCGUGUGCUGGAUCUCAAACAAUGGCUUCAAGUGGAUCUUGGCAGGUACACCUCUGUGACUGGUAUCGCAACUCAGGGGAGGAAUGUAAACUGGUACAACGAUUGGGUGAUCAAGUACAGGUUGCAAUACAGUACUGAUGGAGUAAACUUCCAUUUUUACAAAGAAAAAGGCGACAACUCAGUCAAGGUAUUUUUAGUCUUUCUCGUUGUUACUGAUGUUUGGUAACAGAAGUGGGUGGUAGCUAGUGCGAAAGCCGGUCACGGCUAUAAUAUUUUAGAAUUUUACAGAUGGCGACAAAAUUUGGCUUAUUGCAAAUUCUAAGUUCAGUUAGUUUUCUGGAAGCUUGAAAACCACGUUCUACAGAACGGAAACCUUCUGAAAGGGAAAAAAAACAAUCAAACUUGGAGUAAAGAACGAAAGCAACGUUUGGGGAUCAAAAAAAUCCAGAGUGGUUUGCUCAUAACUGAGAAAUUAAAAGAAUCAACUGCCAACCUUAAAAAUUGUGAUGAACUAGGGAAGCAAAGUUGAAUAUUUGAAGAUCCAACUAACUUCAAUUUGUCAGAGGCGGGAAAUACAAUAGAAAUACAUAGAAAUACAAUUCAGAUUCGUAACCAGUUAAGCUUUUGGUUUAUUCUGAAACAAUCGAAGACAAUUUCAUUCAUCUUCUGAAGAAUAAUUCUGCUGUAGAAGACUCCUCGGUUCUUUAGUGAGUUACUAUUAAGUAAUAAGUAACUUUUCUUGUUUACAUACUCUCACCUGAACACAAAUGGGGCUGGGAGAAUUCAAGAAAGUUAACGGAUAAAGAUGCGUUUCUUCCUGUUUCUGAUGUUUGAUAACAGACGUACGUGAUAGCGAAUGCGGAAACCAGCCAGUAUAACUUUGUAAAAUUUUAUAUUGCUUAACUUUCUCAAAUUCUCUCAAACCCACUCCCUCGUGUUUAAUAAACAAGGAAAUACUUCCAUAAUUGCUUUUCAUGAAAUAUUUUUCUUCAACAACACGACAAACGAAGCACCGUGUGAAUGAAAUGAUGCCGUAAAUUUGAAAGAUUACUCCCGAAAUGUUUAAGAUACACGAUUCCCUAAGGAAAGAACUUCAAGAGAAGAGGUUUGAUUAGGUUGAAAAUGAUUAUCGCUGCGGUUGAUUACUUUGGAGAGUGACGAAAACUUGCCCGAUUUGGUACCCCGAGAACAUGGUUGAGAAGCUGAAUCGCUGGUCGGGCUUUGUGUAAGCUGCCUAGUAAAGUAUGCUGCCCAUUCUGAAUAAAAUAGUUGAAGACUAUUAUUGCCUUUAAGAAAAUAACUUUUUUACGCUGAGAACGUCUAUGAGUUGCUUUGAGACAAAUACAGACUGUAUUACACAGCUUGGUAUGCGUUUUGGUGAAAAUUUGGUAAUAAACAUGAUAAUUGCAAUACUCAAAUGGGAAAAUUUCUCAGUAAGAAAGUAUAUAUUUCGUAUUUUGUCGUCUUUCACUCUCACGAUCAUGAAGGCAGACAUGGCGCUAAAGUUCUUCUUUCCUUAUCUUUUUUUAAGUCACAGGAGUAAAGAGAAAGCAAUACCCUAACUCAGAAUUUGGAAAAUUUUUCUCCAUUUCUGUUAUGUUUACUUGUACAUGAAAUUCCUUAACAAGUAUUGUAAAAGUGCGACGUUAAAACCUUGUUUAGGUAUUCUCAUAUAGACUGACGAGUUAACUAAGGAGAGCAUGCAUACUAUCUCAGUUAUUUCAUAAAAUUAUUUAUAAAGCUACUUGUCACAAUGCCUCCAAAUACCGUAAAGUGAAUAUGAUUUUCUUUUCAGCUAUUUGAUGGUAAUCAAGACUCAGACAACAUCGUAUACCAUAAAUUGGCAAGGCAAAUUACGGCACGUUACAUCCGGUUCAAUCCGGUGGGAUGGUACUAUCGCAUCUCUAUGAGAGUGGAAAUCUAUGGUUGCGAAGGUUAGUAUCAUAUCGCUGUCUAUUUCGUUGUUGCUGUUGCAGUGGUUGUGUUAAUUUGUACCUAUUUCAUAUUACUUGUAAACUUAAUAUUUCAUGGUCGUUCGCACUAGCUUUUAUAAAAUACUUCAUUACAUAAACAAAAUCAUAUAACAUUAAAGGUUGAAAAAUUGUGGAUAAAAUAUCAUGGCUAAAAGAUCUGUCCUAAUUACAUAUUACAUGUAGUUGAGAAUUAAAACUAAUAUAAAAAUUAGCCAAUGCAUUAAGGGCAACUCUCACAGAUCACAUCCUUAAUUACAUCCGUCAAUUUUCUAUCAAAGCAGGUUUCAAUUGGUUAUUGAUAGUGAUCCUGGAUUGCUUUGAUUUUGCUUUGUUCUGCACUGAGAUUGGUCUGGAAGACUCGGGCCACCAUCUCAGCCAAUGAAGUGCGAAACUAAAACCAAUCCCAACUUAGUAACUAGCGUUUUCCCGUGCUUCAAGCAGAUUGCCUGUUUUUAUAUGAGUUCUCAUUGGUUAAUAAGGUUAACUUUUGUUUUGAUUGGUAUUUGAGAAUAAUUUGGUUUUGGUAUUCGACACUCUUACCACCGUUUUGGAUAAGCUCGUCUCCUAUAUGCCCUUAAUAGAGUCAGCUUUCAGUAAACUCACACCUCUUGUCAUACAUAAGGUUGGAGGAAAAGGAUUGAAUUGUGUGAGGAAACCAAGUAAAGCAAAUCGAAGAUUGGUUGGCUCAUCCCACCAAAUAAAUACCUUGCCAAAUUUGCUUUUUCUUCUUAUUUUUUUCCCUUCUUUUCCUUUUUUUUCUCAAAACAACUCAGGAUGCUUUGCACCGCUUGGAAUGGAGGAUGGAUCGAUCACUGAUGUCCAGGUCAGUUCUUCUUCGCGACUGGAUGACAACCAUUCACCAAGUCAGGCCAGGUUGAAUUUUAAAGAAGAAGGAAAUAAAGCUGGGGGAUGGUCAGCUCAGACAAACGAUAAAAACCAAUGGCUGCAGGUCGAUCUUAGCAGUUAUACUAGAGUGACACGUGUGGCGACUCAAGGGUUGAAUGCCAACAACGAGUGGGUGACCAAAUACAAGUUACAAUACAGUGACGAUGGAAAAAACUUCCAGUAUUACAAGCAACAGGGUGACAACGAAUGGACGGUACGUUUAAGGCUAUAGGUGACAACUCUUUCAAUCCAUACUCUUUUCACAAAUGCAAUAAUUUUGAAACAUGCGUAAUAUUUACUUUCUUGAAAUAUUACUAUUGCACAUACUUUGACUGAUUUCAAAUGAAAGAUAAGGGCCUUGUAAGGGCAGUGUAUGUCACUUUCGAGGGCCCUUCCAAAAAUAGACUUAAUCCAUGCUACUUACAAUUUACAGGUGCUGAAUGGGAAUAAAGGAAGUGAUACCAUUGUUUAUAACAAUCUGAAUCCUCCAAUCACAGCAAGGUUUAUACGAUUUAUACCAACCAGUUGGCACAAUAAGAUUUCCAUGAGAACAGAGAUCUUUGGCUGUCCAGGUAUGGCGAUUAUUGAUCUGAGUUUUAGAAUCCGCUGGCCAAAAAACCUCAGAAAACAAUUAUAACUAGAUUGACUGAGAAGCUUAAUAGGACUUUAAAAUCAGCUAUCAAAUUUUAAAGACAGGCUUUUCAGCCAGAGUCAUAUACCAGCGAGUCAGAAGGAUCUUAGUUACUGAUUAGAGAAUUUUGAGAGAAAUAGAGGGUGCAGUGAGAUGAAUGCGUGUGAUUUAAUUUUGGUAUUUUAUCGAAGUAAUUUUGACUGAAAUUAACCAAUCCUUUUGGUGACUACAAUAGUUUAUCAGAGGCCAUUAUUGAAAGAGAAAGUAAAUAAGUGUGGUGUAAAGUUUGGAUAGUAUCUGCAUCUGACGCUUAUCUCUUAACAACAAAUGUAGCAUGUAUGACUGCCCUCGGAAUGGAAAGUCAGACAAUAGAAGAUGCUCAGAUAAGUGCCUCCUCGCAACUGGAUGGAAAUCAUUCUGCAAUACAAGGUAGACUACACCUUACGAGAAAUGGUCAAAAGCAAGGUGGCUGGACGGCUCUCACAGAUGAUCGUAAUCAGUGGCUACAAGUGGAUCUUAAUACUUUUGCGCGGGUAACGGUAGUGGCGACCCAGGGAAGAAACGGAUUUAAAGAAUGGGUCACCAAAUAUAGCUUGCAGUACAGCGAUGAUGGUGUGACCUUCACUUUCUAUAAGGAAUCUGACAGCAGCUCAGAAAAGGUGUGGUAACAAUUUCACAGGUAAAACCUCACUUGAAAGGGCUAUCUUUGAGGUUUUAUUUCAAGAAAUAAACCGUUAAAAAGAAAACCGUUGAAAAACGGCUAUUACAAAGGAUUUUUACUUCAGCUCAUUUAAGUAUAUAUGAGCAAUCUCUUCCCUUAUGUAUUGAGUUUUGCUCUACAGAUGUGUAUGAAAUAUCAUUCAUAAAGCGUCUUGAAACGAGAAAUCGAUGGAAUAAUGUUUGAAUCUUAGAUUACUUGUUUAAAAUCAGUGAUCAUUAUACUUAGGUGUUUGAUGGAAACCAAGAUUCAGAGACGGUCGUAUACAACAAAUUGACUCCACCAAUAAUAGCUCGGUAUAUACGGUUGAUACCAAUGACGUGGAACAGCCACAUCUCAAUGAGGAUGGAAUUGUAUGGCUGUCCAGGUAGUUUUAAAUCCUUAUUUUAGUGACUACGAUUAAUUCUUCGAACAUAAUUGGCUAUUAGUAGACCUACUUAAGCACUCAAAAAGCAGUCCAGGUGUCACGCUUAUAAUUGGGCAGUGUAAAGGGACAGUUUGAGCGUCAUGUUUUUUGACAGCCAACGUCAUACGCACGUGCUAUUGUAUCGAAUCUUUCUCGACUGUUAUGUUUUUGCUCAUAAACACAUUUAACCACUGUAUAUUUUUUUUCCUCGUAUUUUGUCACAAUUUUUAUGAAUUGGUAAUAGAACUUUGUGUCGCUUAACUCUGUGCGUAGUCAUACCCGUGAUUAUGAGAUCUAGUUUGAACUCCCGCUUGGCGAUCGUCCAACUUCCUUACAACGGUUGUAUUAGUACAAAAAAAAUUGAACUCCAGUCGAUCUUACAACCAAUGGCCAUAAGAAGGUUUUCUAAAAACUUAGUUUUCGCUUUUAAUUUAGGAUGUAUGUCACCGUAUGGCAUGGAAAAUCGACGAAUUUCGGACUCUCAAAUAAAGUCGUCAACACAGCUGGAUGAAAAUCACUCCGCAAAGCAUUCCAGGUUACAUUCAAAGGCAAAUAGAGAAAACGGAGGAAGCUGGUCAGCGCUUAAAAAUGACGUAAACCAAUGGCUUCAGGUGGAUCUUGGUACUUAUGUAAGGGUGACGGGCAUUGCUACUCAGGGGAGCAAUGGGCGUGACGAGUGGGUGACCAAGUUCAGUCUGCAAUAUGGUGAAGAUGGAGACACCUUUCAUUUCUUUGAGAAUCCAGGAGAUUUUGUCGCGAAGGUUUGCAUUUUGAAGUGGUUUUCUCAAUAGUAUUCUCAAUGGCAAAAGCAAUAAAAAUAAAAUUUUUAUUCAAUCCCAGUUAUCAAAGCCUUGCCAGGAUAUUUCUGAAUUCCAUUGUCAAGUUGGAAAGAAUCCAGGGUAAAGACAAGUUUUCAGAAGUAUAGUCACCAAAUUUUGUUUCCUUUGACUUUGUUUUAGGAAUGAAAUUUCACAUCAUUUUAUUUUGUGUAAAUUUUUACACACGAAGCUUAGCGAGUUCCUCAGUUCUACUCAGUAUACGUUAGCUCUGGUAAAAAAAUUAUGGUCAUGGAGAUCGACGUAAAUCUACUCUAUCGUACGCUUUUGUUCUCAAAAUGUUUCUUAUUUGAAGCGAAUUGUAAGAAAUAAGAAGCGUGGGGAAUCUAUGAAGUUUUUGGCUCAUUUGGCAAUCUUUUCACUUGUUUUGAGAAAAAUUAACACCGAAGAAGACUUUGAGUAACCAUCUUUGUUGUUAAGGUAUUUACGUUUUUGUAUUAAGGUUUUCAAAGGAAGCAAAGACAGUGACACUGCCGUGUACAACACACUGGCUCCAGCCGUUAUAACGCGUUACAUUCGAUUCAAACCCGUUGAAUGGCACAAUCGAAUAUCAAUGAGGAUCGAGAUCUAUGGUUGUCCAGGUAUGUAGAAUAAUCUCAUUCUCGUUGUGAAGACAUAUUGAAUACCAGGCUUUGAGUUUCUUUUGCACAGAAAGCAAGUUGCAUUUAUUCUACCUGACGUUAAUCUCUUUUUGAUAGGCUGUCUGUGGCAUGCUGCAUGUUGUGAAUGACAAUAUCUUUAAAUGCGGUUCUGACCACAGGAAUAGGUAGCCAUUAUCAUGAAACAAUGGCAUCUAUUUUUAACUCUUACCGUUCAUUUUUGUCAAACUAAGGUUGCAUAAAUCCUCUUGGAAUGGCAUUUGGAUCAAUAUCUGAUAUUCAGAUAACAGCAUCGUCACAACUGGAUGGCAAUCACUCCGCAUCACAGGCCAGGUUACAUUUUCAAGCGGAUGGUUACAAAGUUGGGGGUUGGUCAGCUCUCACAAAUGAUCGUAACCAAUGGCUUCAAGUGCAUUUUGGUAGUCACACAAAAGUGACGCGCCUGGCGACUCAGGGGAUACAUGGCUACGAUCAGUGGGUGACCAGAUAUAUGUUACAAUAUAGUGAUGAUGGAAUGACCUUCCACCUCUACAAGGAAGCUAGAUCCAGCUCUGCCAAGGUACCAGAUAUCCUAAGCCUUUAUUUUCUCUGCUAAGUUAAAGAGUGCAGCUAUUGUGCAGGUAACAUUCGCGGUUGUUUCAUCAAAAAAUGCAGAACCGACAAAUAUUUUAGAAGAAAUAGAAAUGUGUCCGAGAAAGGAACCUCAUCCACCCAUCCAUCCACCCAUCUAUUCCUCUUUCCCUCCCUCUCUCCUUUUCUCCUUCCAUGCGUCUAAAAAUCCAUCCAUUCAUCCAUCUGUCCGUCCAUGCAUUGGCUCAAUCUAUCGAUUUAUCCAAGCACUCAUCCGUUCGUCCAUCCAUACAUUCAUCCAUUAAAUCUUUUGCUCCCACUUCAAACCUAAUUAGUAUUGCUCAGUAAAAUCAUGCUGCACGUGUAAUCACGUACUACUAUUGGUUACCUAUAUACGAAGGAAUUAUUGAGUAUGCUCGGCUGGUCCUAUCUCAAGGAAAGUAGAAACAAAUAAAGAUCUCUCAUGAUCUUUAAAAUUAGAUUUUCUUUGAUCAAAGUUACUCGGAUAAAUAUUUUUUUUAUCUAUUUAUAUAGUCCUUCAACUAUUAAUCAAUUCCAUACAUUCGCCCAAUCCAUUCAUCCACCUCUCAAUCCGUCCAUUCCCGGAUUCAUCCAUUAUCAUUCCUUCCAAUCCAUUUGCCUAAUCCAUCGAUCCACCGCACAUCUGUCGGUCCAUCUUCCAUUCACGCAUUAGAACUCAUAUAUUCAUCUGCUCAACAUCAGACAGCAAAUCGGUAAGACCCCAAGUCAGGUGGAGCGAACAUGAGCAGUGUUAAAAAAUUUACCCUAAUUUUUUCUAUCCCUUGUCAAUUGUUUAGGUGUUCAAUGGAAAUCAAGACAAAAAUUCUGUUGUUUAUAACAUAUUGAGCCCACCAAUAACCACACGCUACAUCCGACUGAAACCGGUAGCCUGGAACAACUGGAUAUCGAUGAGAAUGGAGAUUUAUGGCUGCCCAGGUACAUCUCCUGUAGGCAAUAAUCCGGCUCGGGUGACGCUGGAAAAUUGAUUUGACAAAACCUUUAAAACAACCAAAGCCUCUCAAAUCUAUCACAGGUUAUUCAUGUGAAUCUAUCAUAACUUUUGAAGAUGACGUCCCCUUUUUAGUAGCCAUAGUUUUUCAUUGUAUAGUGUUUACCUUUAAUUCGUCCAAAUUUCAGUAAGUAAAGAGAACAAAGGUAUCACGGUGCGCUUAAAGGAAGAACUCAACUGUACGAAGAGAAAAUAAACAUUUCGCUUUCUUGUCUUGUUUCAAUACAAACAGGUUGUGUAGCACCACUUGGCAUGGAUAGUGGGGCAAUCACCGAUGCACAGAUAAGCGCUUCUUCGCAUCGGGAUGAUAAUCAUGCAGCCAGGCAAGGAAGGUUACAUUAUAAGAGAGCUUCCGGCACCUCUGGUGGUUGGUUAUCGAGUAUAAAGGAUUUAAACCAAUGGUUUCAAGUAGAUCUUGGUCAAUACACCACAGUGACAGGUAUAGCGACCCAAGGCGGACGAUGGAUGUAUUACUGGAGAGAUUGGGAAGGAUAUGUGACAGCAUAUAAAUUGCAGUAUAGUGACGAUGGAGUAUCUUUUCAGUUUUACAAGGAGACGCCACACGAAAGUGACAAGGUACACCUUUAGAGCAAUAUUGAUUCAAUUUUUAAGACAUUGUAAGUGAUCUUAAUUCAACAUUAAAUUUAAAACUUUUGAGAGAAAAGAGUGACCGAGAAUGGGAAAGUAAUGUUCCCUCUUCCUGAAAGCUUCAUUGUUUGGGAGGGGGGGUUUGAGGCCUUUCGCAAUGUUCAAUGUUCUGAUUGAGAGCUCGCUUUUCACUUAUCCUAAAAACUUUGAAUAGGUCUUCCAAGGAAAUACAGACAGAGAGACCGUAGUCUUUAACGACGUACGCCAGCCAAUCAGAGCACGCUAUAUUCGAAUUAGACCAGUGAGUUGGCACGAACACAUAUCCAUGAGGGUUGAGAUCUAUGGCUGUCCAGGUAAUUUCUAUAUUUCUUGUCAUUAUAAUAAUAAUAAUAAUAAUAAUAAUAAUUAUUAUUAUUAUUAUUAUUGUCAUCACCAUAAUUUUUGUUAUCAUCACUAUGAUCACCACUUUUAACAUCAUCUUUAUCAUUAUAAGGUAAUGCAGUUGUUUUCGUUUAUAUCUUACUUGCACAUGUAAAACAAACAGUAUUGCAACCGCUGAUUAUGAUAGUGACGAAAAUUACCUGAACGAUGGAGGUAAACCCACAAAAUUCGUAUGGACGACCUUUUGUCAUCGUAACGUUGAUAACGGUAUGUUAACUAUCUAGCCUUUCGAAGGUUUUAUUUAACUAUCACUAGUUUAGUUAUAAAAUAACUCCUCUCUAAAGGAAUGACCUCAACUUUGGGUGGUACGGCUUAAAAGAGCAAGUUAAAAGUGAUUCCAAACGUUAACACUUGAUUGUACGUAUUACAAGAUCAUAAAUAAAAGGUUUUCAACCUUUUUGUAGCUAUAUCUGCGAUAUGUUUUUCUCGACAUAUUCAGGCUGUGUAUCCCCCCUCGGCAUGGAGAGUAAAUUCAUCUCUAAUGCGCAAAUAUCUGCCUCCUCACAACUGAAUGAUGAUCGUGCUCCAACACAGGCCAGGUUGCACACUCAAGCAGCCAUAGGUGGUAAAAAUGGGGGGUGGUCAGCUCUCAAGAACGAUCUUUAUCAAUGGUUUCAAGUGGACCUUGGAAGUAAGGCAAUUGUGACGCGUGUAGCAACACAGGGGAUAGAUGGACUCGAUGAGUGGGUGACAAAAUACAGAGUACAAUUUAGCCAUUCUGGGAUUUACUUCAACUUUUACAAGAAAGCAGAACAUAGUUCUGCACAGGUAUGCUCUUACGGCUGUAUUCUUGAUGUGAAGUAAUGAUAAAUUGACACUAUGUAAUAUUUACCCCACAACGUUACGGCUGGAUCAGUAUGAGGCCGAUGUAAGUAAAUGAGAAAACUUUUAGGCCAGUUUUGCUAAUUUGAACAGCCUAAAUGAAUGGUUGAGGGAGGGUCGGGUGGAGAAUACCAAAGCAAACAAAAUGUAUUAUAUUAUAUUUAUAUUUACCAUAUUACGAGCAUUUUCUCUCUACGGAUUCGAAAGGUUCUUCUUGGGCAGACCACAACACCAGGAACUACGUUCCCUACUCUUUGCGAUAAGUGUGUGGGUCCUUUAACGUCCCCUUACUAGUACCAAGAAGAUGCAGGAGACGGGUCCUUAUCCAAGACUAGAAUUUCUAACCGCUUGCAGAUAUCAUAGCAAAGGCAGCACAUUCUCCUAAGUUAUUUUAAGGCCCUGAGUGUGGGUCCAACCUCCCGCACAGUGGUCCGGCGCUCAUCCACAUGAGCUAACCAGGCGGUGGUUAACUACAUUUCCUUUUUAAACUUCCUUUUGAAGGUUUUCGACGGAAAUGAAGACAGUGCAACGGUUGUCGUUAACAAACUGACUAAAGUAAUCAGAGCGCGUUUCAUCCGGGUAUUGCCGAUAGAAUGGCACAAACACAUAUCAAUGAGAAUUGAGAUUUACGGAUGCCAAGGUACAGUCAAUUCUUUCCAGCGACUUUUUACUUUCAUAGUUAAGAGGUGUCUUCUUCAAUAAAAUGACCAUACGGACUUUUGAAUUAGCAAUAGCCUGUGGCAAGGUCAAGUAAUUGAUUGAAAAGAUACAGUUAUAAGUGUAUCAAGUCAACUGCAUGAUCAUUUUCCACCCGCAAGUUUUAAGGUAUCAGCGUUUAUUAUUGGUAGUUAUGUAUUAAUAAAGUAUCAUCAUUUCCCCAAAGGAAACUGCAUUUGUUUCAUGACCAUUUUUUCGCAUUUCUUAGACUGCAUCGCACCCCUUGGUAUGGAAAGCGGAAAUAUCGCUGACUCUAAAAUAACCUCAUCCUCGAUUUUGGGUGGCAAAACCCCCCCAAGCCAGGCCAGGUUAAAUUACAAAGCGGAAGGUGGCUUCGGCGGAGGUUGGUCAGCUCUCACAAAUGAUGCUAACCAAUGGCUUCAAGUGGAUCUUGGUGCUGAUAAACGUGUGACACGUGUGGCCACUCAAGGAAGGAAUGGGUACGACCAGUGGGUGACCAAGUAUAAGGUGGAGUACAGCGAGGAAGGCCAAAGCUUCCAGGUGUACAAACCAUCAAAUGCCAGUGUAGCCAAGGUAUGUUUAAUCAUUUCUGCAACUUGAAAAGGUAAUCUUAAGCACCUAAGGAUUAGAAAAAAAUGCAUCCAAAAGGAAUGAAUAUUGGAGUUCUUCUAAUUAAUAGUGACACAAAUGCCAAAUGCCAUAUUCAUGUCAUGCACAUUCCUUUUUUAUGACGCAUCAGUUGAUUUUUCUCCUUUUUAUUGUCUUAAGAUUUUCACGGGAAAUACAAACAGCGAGGCCGUGGUUUACAACAGUGUGAGGCCCCCAAUCACAACAAGAUUUAUACGGCUUAUACCGGUGGAGUGGCACAAUCAUAUCUCGAUGAGGAUAGAGAUCUAUGGCUGCCCAGGUGCUUUGAACUAACAAUUAUAACUGAUCAUUCUCUAAAUAGGGUUACUUAAUAUCAAAACCUUUAUAUCUUCAGAUACUGGCCCUUAAAUGCUGAAAUAUAAUCAUUCAAGCCGUCUCACAAAUUAUGCAAAAUCUUGUUCUUCGAGGAUUAUGCGAAUGUGUUGCCAUUGUGAAAGGAUCCGAAUCAUUUAUCUCCUAAAAAUAUCUUUAUUUUUAAACACAGGAUGCGCUGCAGCGCUUGGUAUGGAGAAUAAAGGAAUACCUGAUGCCAACAUAAGGGUAUCAUCGCAACUGGAUGGGAACCAUAGCGCAAAGGAGGCAAGGUUAAACUCAAAAGCAGACUGGCACAAGGGAGGGGGAUGGUCAGCCUUGAGCAAUAACUUCAAUCAGUGGCUUCAAGUGGAUAUCGGCGGUAAUCUCCAAAUGACAGGUGUUGCAACUCAGGGGAUGAAUGGGAAAAACCAGUGGGUGUCCAGAUACCGCAUACAGUAUAGCAGUGACGGAGUGACUUUUUAAUUUUAUAAUGCAACGGAAGACAGUUCAGCAAAG